AUGCCAUCUGACUUAGAGAGAUGUAUAAUGAAGGUCGUCGACGGUGUUCAUGCACAGGGAAGCUACUUUUAUAUGCAGAUAGGCGCUGCGGGGCGUCAACCAUUUCCGGAUGACCCUCAAAUCUCGCGAUCUCCUACAUUCCCUCAUAUUGGAGCUUCUGCUUUGCCUCCUUCUGCCGGCGCGCCCGCCUCUCGGGCGAGGAUGAAAGAGGAGAUCAAGGAACACCUGGAUUUCUUUGGUACUGCCGCGACAAAUGCAGCUGGGUUUGAUGGCGUUAAGAUUCAUGGCGCGAAUGGCGUCCUUGUGGACGAGUUCAUACAGAGCAUGUUCGGGCGCGCCGUUGAGGCAGUGAGAGGAGUGGUCAGGGUAAGGCUGAGGCUGAGGCCGUCGAAUCGCACUGGAGGAAUGGGGAUGGAUGGUCCCCUACCGACUUUUUCACAUCUGGUAAUGAGGGUGAAAGAGCUGUAUCCUGAUUUUGCAUAUCUUCAUGUUAUCGAAGUUCGCGUGGACGGCGGAAGGGAGGUUGAAACUGAUGAUUUUAUUCGGAAGAUAUUGUGGGCUCCGAGACCGGUCAUUUCUGCUGGUGGAUAUACUAGAGAGUUAGGGAUGCAGACUGCCGAGGAAAAGGGCGGUCUUAAUGCCUAUGGUAUGUGGUAUAUAUCAAAUUUUCAAUCUGACCUUCCUAAAAGGUUGGAGAAGAACAUUCCCCUUACGAAGUACGACCGCUCGACGUUUUACAUGGAGAUACUAGUGGUGUAG